AUGGAUUGCAUCGACGAAGAGUUGACAAAAACGAACGUCUUUCAACUAGACAUUUUGAUCCCGUUAAUUGAAAUUUUCGAUGUAUACAUGUUGCUGAAACAUGAAUUAAGUCCAGACGAGUUCUGCAUUUAUUUGUUCGUUAAGGAGGAAGAAUCAGAUAGAUCUAAAAUGGAAUUCAACCCAGUUAAACAACACUUUCAUAAUCACGAGGAGCUCCAGACUCUACCGAGCUCGUUGCAAAAUAUAAUUGUCGAUUUGCUGAUGCAUAUUGCUCGUUACGUGACUUUCUUGGAAUCGGUAGGUAAGGAUUAUUUAGAUAAGCAGAAUUGUCGUAAGUACAAUCAGCUGCAUCAGAUUAUGGUAUUCGUGUAUAUUCUGUCGUACAGAAUAUUCACUCUAUUUUUCGAGGAUUCCAUCAAUUGUUUCGUUCAUUUCAAAGUAAAAAGAAUGUUGUCCCUUAUUACGUAUCUCCUUCGCACGGAAACGCCAACUUUGUAUCAUAAAAAGGGUUGCUUAAUAUACGAGGAAGAUUUCGUGGAUCAGAAUCUCGUGUUGCCAUUUUUGGAUGCCACACCAUGUUUAGAGAAACUCCGGGAUCAUUUGAAAAAUUAUCUGAAAGACGUGGAACCGCGUAAAAAAGAGUUAACGACUCCCAUGCAGAUGAACGUUUUAAAUCGAUUUAGCCCGGCUACAAAGACUCCACCUAAUACUCCCGAACCUGUCGAGGUAAAACAAACGGCAGCAUCUAUAUUAAGGGAAUGCGCGCGAGUAAUUAGCGACGAAGAGAAAGAAAUCAAAAAAUUGAAAGCGCUAACGGCAGGCGGGCUUGAUCCGUCUUCGGUACAAAAAUUCGAGGAGGAGAAACGACAACAGCAGAGGGAAGAAGAGUUGUUAAAAAUACAAGAGAAACAUCUUUUAGGAUUGCUCACUCGAGAGGGUGCGUUUAUCGCGAAACAGUUGUUAUUGGAUGAUGUUAAGGCUCACGCAAAAAAUGUGCGGAAGGAGAAACAAGAACUGUAUGAGAGAUUAGAAAAGUGGAGGGAGAACCACAAUAAGGAAAUGAUGGAGGUUGUUGAAAAGUGUCGCGAAAUGGAACAGGCUUCUCGAGAAGCUUUCAACCAUAUGAUCGACGAAAAAAGACAAAAGGCCGCUGAAGUUUCCGAAGAGUCACGUCAGCUUAGAGCUCAGUUGGCUAAACAGAGGGAGGAAGAGACUCAGCGAAAGAUUAAAUUGAUUCAAGAGAUCAAGACGAUCCAGUCCUUGCGCGCAUUACCAUUUAAGGACUUCGACCCCACCGAAUCAAGUGGCUUGGGUCUUCUAUGCGAAAUGUCUUUAGCAGAGGUCCACAGCAUUUUUACAAUAUAA